AUGGCUGACCAUUCAACAAAACGUGAAAAUAAUGUAGCUGCAUCGGAUGAAUUAUCUCCAAAAGCUAAGAAGACAAAAACGGAGCAUGAAAAUGAUCGAGGAGAAAAUGGAAAUGAAUCUGGGAAAAGUGUCCUAUCAGGUUUUCAAACCGCUUCCGUUUUGAGUGAUUCUGCUAGGGAGAAAACCAUCUUCGUCCACGGAAAGCUUGCCGACCAGAAUGCUGUUGUCAUCCUGGAAAAGACACCCAUUAGAGAAGAAGCCCUGUCUGAAAUAUUCACUGCUUCGACCCUGGAGUUAGAUCUAAGGAAUGACAUUUACAGCACCUACCGUCUCCUGGCUCCACCUCACCUUAAUGAGAUCAAGGCGACUGUGGUAUGUCCAGCCACUGAUAAGCAUGUGAAGAAAUACCAGCGUCAGGAAAGCUUCCUGGUGGACGAGACUGCGGAUGACUAUGAGUCCAUCACGCUUCCUUUCAUUCAGAAGCAGAGUUUCAGUGUGCAGUGGGUAUAUAACAUCUUGGAGAAGAAGGCAGAGUCUGAGCGGAUAGUGUUUGAAGACCCAGACCCAAUGCUUGGUUUUGUCCUACUCCCGGACUUCAAAUGGGACCAGAAACAGGUGGAUAAUUUGUACCUGAUCGCUAUCACACAUCAGAGAAACAUCAAAAGUCUGAGAGACCUGACAUUGGAGCACUUACCACUCCUUCAAAACAUUUUACAGAAAGGAAAGGAGGCCAUCCUGCAACGCUACAGCCUCCCAGCCAGCAAGCUGAGAAUCUACUUGCACUACCAGCCUUCUUACUACCACCUUCAUGUCCACUUCACCAAGCUUGGCUAUGAGGCGCCGGGUUGCGGAGUAGAACGUGCCCACCUCCUCACAGAUGUCAUCCAGAACCUACAGUCCAAUCCACGUUUUUAUAAAACCAGGAGUCUAUCCUUCCCGCUGCGGGCAGAUGAUGGACUGCUCAGUCAAUUUAGAGAAGCCGGGAGAUUGUAA